AUGCCCGACCCGGGGACGGCAGCGGCAGCAGGCGCUGCAGCCGCGGCGGCCGCCAGUGGCGCGGCCACCGCCGGCGACGGCACCGAGAGCUCCCGGCACCGACACCGAGCGCAGCAGGGGGACGCGGAGAGGCCGGAGCCGGGCGCUGCCCCGUCACAAGGCUCCUCCGGGGUCCUGGAUAAGUUGUUUGGAAAGCGGCUGCUGCAGGCUGGGAGACACAUCAUGUCUCAUAAGUCUUGGAUGAAGACGGUGCCCACGGAGAACUGUGACGUCCUCAUGACAUUUGCAGACACUACAGAUGACCACACGUUGCUAUGGCUACUGAACCACAUCCGGCUGGGAAUCCCAGAGCUCAUCAUCCAAAUACGACAUCACAAGCACACACGAGUCUACGCAUUCUUUGUCACUGCUACAUAUGAAAAUUUGUUGCGAGGUGCUGAGGAGAUGGGACUGAGGAAAGCGGUGAAGCCCGAGUUUGGUGGAGGAACACGAAAUUUCUCCUGUGAGGAGGACUACAUCUACGAGAACAUCGAGAGCGAGCUGUGUUUCUUUACUUCACAGGAGAGGCAGAGCAUCAUUAAAUACUGGCUGGACAAUCUACGUGCCAAACAUGGGGAGGUGCUCCAUAAUAUCAACUUUCUGGAGGGCCAGCCAAUCAUCCCAGAGCUGAGUGCGCGAGGUGUGAUCCAGCAGGUAUUUCCUCUCCAUGAGCAGAGGAUCCUCAGUCAGCUGAUGAAGUCUUGGGUUCAGGCAGUUUGUGAAAAACAGCCCCUAGAUGACAUCUGUGACUACUUUGGCGUGAAGAUUGCCAUGUAUUUUGCCUGGCUGGGAUUUUACACCACUUCUAUGUUAUAUCCUGCUGUGAUCGGCUUCGUGCUGUGGAUGCUCACUGAGUCAGAUCAGACGAGCCGUGACAUCUGCUGUGUGGUGUUUGCACUGUUCAACGUGGUGUGGGCCACUCUGUUUCUGGAGCGGUGGAAGAGGAGGGGGGCUGAGCUGGCAUUCAAGUGGGGAACACUGGAUACGCCGUCUGAAUCCCUGGAGGAACCGCGGCCUCAGUUCCGAGGAGUAAAGCGCUGCAGUCCCAUAACAGGAUGUGAGGAGUUUUACUACCCUCCGUGGCGGAGGCGUGUAUUCAGGUGGCUGGUCAGCUUGCCCAUCUGUCUCCUCUGUCUCUGCUUUGUCUUCCUGGUCAUGCUCAUCUGCUUUGAGCUGCAGGAGUUUGUGAUGGGGAUCAAGGAAAUGCCUCGGUUAGCUCGCUUCAUCCCCAAAAUCAUGCUGGCUAUCACUGUGACUGCAUGUGACGAGGUGUACAGGAAAAUCGCCUGCUGGCUCAAUGACAUGGAAAACUAUAGACUCCAGAGUGCCUAUGAGAAAAAUCUCAUCAUCAAAAUGGUUCUUUUUCAGUUUGUAAAUUCUUAUCUCAGCCUUUUUUACAUUGGAUUCUACCUCAAAGACAUGGAGCGUCUGAAAGAGAUGCUGCUGGUGUUGUCUCUGUUAAGGAGUCUGCAGCGGCAGGUCCGGGUCAAUGUGCUGCCCUCCCUCUUCCUCAAGAUCCAGAUGCUUGUGGUCUCUGUUCCCUGGUUCUUCAGGGCUUUACUCAGGUCCAAAAUGCUGGCCACUCUGCUCAUCAUACGCCAGUUCCUUCAAAAUGUGAAGGAGGUUCUGCAGCCUUACCUGUAUGAGCGCCACAAGCUGGGCGAGCUCACGUUGCGAGCUGUGUGGGACCUGCUGCAGUCUGUGCUGCUGAAAUAUGCCCGGCUGGCAGCUGGAAAAGCUCAGGCCUCUCCCACGGACCAGGCCAUGCCAGGACCUGGACUGAGGGGCACCAGGCCUGGGCUGGGGCAACCAGACAGAAGGGAAAAGAAGUGUUUGAACGGAGGAUGCGGGGUGCCUGAUGAGGAGGAGGGAGGUGAGAGGGACGAGGCUGACAGCGGGAGGUUCAGUGAAGGAGAGACGGAGGAGGAAAGUCUGAUCGACUGCGGUUUGAAGCUGAGGAAAGUCAGCUUCAUAGAAAAGGUGGACAGAAGGCCAGUCUGCAGUGGGCCCCCCAUGGACACCAGUUUCCUGGAAGAGGGAAGUCCCACUAUGGUGGAAAAAGGAAUGGACCCUGCCUCUGUGUUUGAGAUGUGUGAUGAUGACGACGAUAAUGGCAUCCAUGAUGUGAAGGAGUCAGUUGGGGGAGCGACAGGUGUGGCAGAGGGAAUUAAUGCUACGACUGGUGCUGCGGCUGGUGCUGCUGCCAGCGCCGCCCCGCUGCCCUCUGGGUCUGAGAGCAGCACGUCACUGCGACACAGAAGAAGAGGCAGGAGCACCGAGAGACCCGAGCCGAGAACAAAAAGGGAAUCAUGGAUUGACCCCCCUGAGGAUAGAGAGAGCAACACACUCACUCAGGCUGAGAUGGAGAGCUGCAUGCAAACUUAUGCUGACACCUUUCAGGACUACCAAGAGAUGUUUGUCCAGUUUGGCUACGUGGUGCUCUUCUCCUCGGCCUUCCCUCUGGCUGCCAUGUGCGCUCUCAUCAACAACAUCAUUGAGAUCCGCAGCGAUGCCUUUAAGCUCUGCACCGGUCUGCAGAGGCCCUUUGGAAUCAGAGUGGAGAGCAUCGGCCAAUGGCAGACUGCGAUGGAAGCCAUGGGCCUGAUUGCCAUCAUAGUGAAUUGCUACCUGAUUGGUCAGUGCGGUCAGCUACAGCGUCUGUUCCCAUGGCUCAGCCCCGAGAUGGCCAUCAUCUCCAUCGUCAUCCUCGAGCAUUUUGCCAUCCUCCUGAAGUACGUCAUCCAUGUGGCCAUCCCUGACAUUCCUACAUGGGUCCGAGAGGAGAUGGCUAAACUGGAUUAUCAGCGCAGGGAGGCCUUUAAGAAGCAUGAGCGGCAGGCGCAGCAGCAUUACCAGCAGCUGCAGAGGAGGAAGAGGGAGGAGGAGGAGAGGCAGAGGCAGGUGGAGCACAUGGCCCGCAGGGAAAGGGAGCGGGAUGACAGCAAGGGCGACUCUUCUGGGGAUCACCACCACGACAAAAGUCACAGCAGCAAAUCACGUCCCGGGAGUGGAGGAGGAGGAGGGGGCAGCGGGUCGGACAAACCCAAGAGGCCCAGCUCUCUGCUGGCCAACAACAACGUGAUGAAGCUCAAACAGAUCAUCCCGCUGCAGAGCAAGUUUUCCUCGAGCGGUGCCCGCUCUCCUCAGUCGCCCACUGGAAGUGAGCCCAAGUUGCCCGGGUUUCUGAGCUUCAAAUUCCUCAAGUCACCUGAGAAUAAGAAGGAAGGUGCUGCGGCCUCUGCGGCUGCCUCCACAGCCACUAAUGCCACAGCGACAGCAUCAUCAUCAUCUUCAUCAUCAGGUAGCAGCUCUCAGGAGCGUUCUCAGUCACCCAGCAAAGCCUUCAACCCUGGGAAACUCUUUAACUUUGGGAAAUCUGAGGGGGGGACAUGUGUGAACGGGGCUCCGCUGCCCAGACCCGGGGAAGGAUCCUCAUCACAGACGUCAGAUAGACAACCAUCCAGGUCUGACCUGAACGGCGUUCCAGACGAGAUCCCCUCGCCUGGAGGGGAAGGCUCAGAGAACGGACAUGCAACAGACUUGGACCCGGCCGGCUCUAAAGUCUAGUAGCUCCAUAGAGAAACUUGCUGUUGGUUACAUCUCAACCGAAGAAGCGAUGUGCUUACUGUGGGGAGAGGCCUGACCUACCUUCUGUGCUAUCACAGGCUGUGUGUAGAAGUACUUGAAGCAGAGAGAGGAGAAACUGAUGAGAGGUGACUGUUGUUUUGGUUUGCUUUUUUGCUGAGAGACAAAAAACAGGCUUUAUAAGAAAGACGUAAGCCCUCUUAUCAUGAAUAAAAACACACACCCUUACACACACACACACACACACACACACACACACACACACACAUACAAAUCCUUCCUUGUCUGCAAUACAUAAAGAAAUGCAUGAGCUGCGUUUCUAAUAUUUUUAAGCCUUUAAAGCAGAGAGCUGUGUUUCUUGAUUUCUUCUAGUCAUAAAUUGUAAGCAUCUUGUUGGCCUCCGACUAGGACAGAACAGCCUGUCAUGGAGGAAAAAGACUUUCAAAAAAAAAAUGUAUACAGUGGUAUGAAAGGAUCACAGGUUGUACAUCAAAUAACUUCCGAGAGUGUUUUUAGCCGUCACAACACAAGUGAUCAUUAGAUAUUGUCUCAUUUUUAACUGUGAGGAAUUCUUGGGCCCUUCACUUUUAUACUGAAGUGGGAAAAAUGGAAAAGCAAUAUCAAUCAGUGUUUUAAUUAUCAAUCAUCACACAAAACCCCCCUCGAUUAAUCAGCAUCCCUGAUGUAUCACCAGCUUUAUUUUCAAAGCAGAGGUGACGUCUGAGCUUUGAACACUUCUUCUUCUUCUGUGACAGUAGCAGAUUUGGUUGGAAAAAAAGGAAGUAAAAGAGCUUAGUGAGUCGAGCUGUCACGUACCAGUAUUUUCCCCGAGGGAGCAAGUGGAAGAGAGACAAGAAAAAGCAAAAAAAAACAAGUAGAUAAAGGUGAUUUGGAGAAAAUGGAGCAUGGGAGGCUAUCAUGUGCUGUUCUCCAUCCAAGCCCGUAGAGCGCCAUGUAAACACAGAUGGUGCUUCAUUCCACACACUCUAACCAGACUUGGCAAACAAGUAUAGAGUUAAAGAAGUAACAUUUGCACUAAAACCCUGACGCCCUCCAUAGAAACAUAUCUCCCUCUGCAGGAGAGAGGAGCGACACCAGCCUGCCUCAUGACAUUAUGCAAAAGCUGGGUUGUCUUACACAGUACAUGCCGUCUACUCACCUGCCCCUGCACUCAGUAAACAUGAGAUUUCCUAAAUAUUCAGAUUUUCUUUUAACAAUAGUUGCUCUUAUUUGUGUUGAGCUCCAUAUCUUUUUAUAUGCACCAUUUACUGCAUUGCGUUACUGCAGUGCUCAUGAUGGGGAUUUCCUUUUUUUAACCAAAUUGGUAUUUUUUGGAUAAAACUGUUAACUCAAAAUUUAAGUACUGUUUGUUCUGUUUGUUAUCUACAUCAGCGCUGUUUAGGGUAUACAUUAUGCUACUCUUGUAAACAAGCCCAUCAUAUACCAUUAUACUUCUUUGGGGUCUACAGAAGGUGGCGCCAGAGAUACUUUGCACAGAAAAAUGUGUUUUUGAACAGCUUGGUCUGACGGAUCCUUACAGAGGAACUAUGCCCAUUUUCAAAAUUCACCCAUAAUGUUCUCAUGAUCUAAGACAGUCCAAAAACAUUAGUAAACGUGAAACAAGAGUACUAAACUCAACCUUGUGAUGUCACUGGGUAGAAAGUCUGGAGCUACUCUGUAGACGGUGAAUUGUAAAACAUGUUCUCGGUUAGUGGUUUCUCAGUGGUCCAGUCAUGGGGUACAGAUUUCUCCUUUGUCAUAAGUAUAAGGGCCAUGAAUUACCACAUAUUCAAUUUUAUUUCACAAAAUGCAAACAACACGUUGGCUUAGAACACAAAGAAA